ACAGAAUACUAUUAAUUGAUUUAAAUGUUUUGUAGAAUUUCAAUUUUCUACAAAAAUGUUAUCUCUCUCUCUCUCUCUCUCUCUAACAUAGACUGGAUUGUAAUAAAUUUUCUACAAUCAAAAUUAUUAAAUAAAUCCAUGACUUUUCAAAGUACUUUUUGGUUCAAGCUGUUAAACUGAUUAAGAUUCACGUAGAACUUUGUCUCAUCCAUACAUAUAAUAAUAUCACUACCAUAUGUUCGAGAGAAGAAAAAGAUGGUUAAUAUAUUUUCAUUAGUAUUACGAAUAUUCUAAAUAAACUCACGUACUUCAUUGCGUUAUCUUUUACUCAUUAGCAAAAACUUUUCUGCCGCUACUACAGUAAAGCGUACUUUAUAAUAUAGCAAUACAUCUAUCCACAGUAAACAAAUUGUAAUUUCUAUUAUAACUACUGACAUACUAUGCGUAUUAUUGUCACAAUUUACAUUGAUCAUAUGUUUAUUGCUGUAAUAAUGUUACUCUGACAACAAAAAUGAUUAUAUUGUUAUCAAAGAUAGAAGGACCGAUACCACAGUGCAUAUGUACGAGCAUUAGUGUUAUGAAUAAAAUCAUGACUUUCAGAUCGUGUAGUUACUUUUACACAUAUAUAAAGAAUUGUUAUUGCCCAGCUAGGCGUCUUGCGCUAAAACAAAUUAAUCUCUGGCAAGCUAGAGAUCGCUGUUCUUGUUUUUUAAUGUGGAAAACUGAUGCAAAUAAAUUUUACCAUUGUAAAACUACUUAGAUUUUAAUGUUUGUAUAAAUUAUGUAUAAUUUUAUUAUAUUAUGAUUUGUACUUAUAAUCGAUCAAGUUCUAUUCUAGCAUAUUACACAGGAUAUAUUCGGCAAUUUACGGUGUAUAGGUAGAAUAAGUCAACGUAAUGAAAAGUUAUGUAGCAUUUUGUAAUUUUUUAAAUAGUACGAGUUUUUAAAUUACAAAAUGGUACACAACUUGUCUGAUUAUUUACUACCGAGUUGCCAGACACUGCAUAUAUUCUACGACGUUUGUUCCGAUCGAUUCUGCCGCGUGCACAAGUAGCAAUUACUAUAGCAACAAUCGCCAAACACCAAUGAGCUCCGUAUUGUCGUACGUGCUCGCGUCAAAUGUGAAGGUACUCUUGCGAUAGCUAUUGUCAAACAAUGCAUACUUUAAAAUUAGUAAUGGUAGGACCAACUCGGAGUGGAAAAACCACGAUAGCGAACUUUCUGGCGGAUGCCACGGAAAUCCCAUACGAUUAUCAUCCCACUCAAGGGGUUCGAAUACUGGAGUUCGAAGUGGACGAUAUCGAGGUGAACAACGAGCGCAUUUCGAGAGACAUCGAGCUGUGGGACUGUAGUGGGAAUCACAAGUUCAAAAAUUGCUGGUCGGCUAUGCGCAAAAGUGUACACGGUGUGAUACUUGUGUACAACGCGCAAAUGCAAGAUUCUUCGAAGGAAUUGAAAGAAUUCUAUGAUUAUUUCAUUAACGGCUCGAAAUUGGGCCCAAAUAGCUGCGUGAUAUUUCUUUUUGAUCCCGAUAACGCUGGGCCGAACGCAUCAAAGAUAAUUUCAUCUAGCUUCUCAAGUGUCUCUCAUGUUAAAUGUAACGUGGAUGAUGGUGGUGAUAAGUUGAAAACCGACUUUCGCUUGUUCCUAAGUGCCUUGAUGACAAAACUACUAGAAGACAAGGAAGAGAAACUAAUACUGAGUGAUAAUAUAUUAUUUGCUAAAUAAUAUAUAUAUAUAUAUAUAUAUAUAUAU